AUGGCACCGCCGCUGCUGCAGCUGCUCUGCGGGACCGCCGCUCUCCUGCUGCUCCGCGCCGCCGCCGACACCGCGCGCUGCAGCCGCCCCAAGGCCGUGGCCAACGCUCACAUCGACGCCGGGAACCGCACGGAGCUGAAUUCCCGCCUGCGCUACUCCUGCAACCCCGGAUACAAACGCAAGGCCGGGACCUCCAGCCUCAUCCAGUGCAUCCUCUGGAACGGCUCCGAGCCCCGCUGGACUGACCCCACGCUCCAGUGCAUCCGAGAUCCAGCUCUUUCCUGGGAAACCCCCGGCCCGGAGAGCACGACCCAGAGAGGUGAGGAACAGGAUUGGGAUUGGGAUUGGAGCUGCCACAGCCACGGCAAAGCCACACUCCCAGGGUACCACCGGUGCCAGCCCGAAUUCCAGCCCCUCUCCAGCUUCCAGUGA